AUGCGCACCAAUCAGAUCCUCAGGCUAGCGUGAAAACCUUUGCGCUGAUUGGUUGACGAGCACUGAUUCUUUAAAGUCGUGCGUUCGCUCUCACUCACCGGGCGCCUUGCUUUGAUUUUUCAGACAAGGCGUCGGCUGGUGAGGAGGCGUUAAGGAUCGCUCUGCAUGAGUAGAAUAGACUUGGGAAUAGACGUCUGGCUCGCGGCACCAUUGGAAGAUAUAACGGGGAUAAACGCAGGACAAAGUCAUUAUUUGGAGCGAGCACGUGCCUUUAUCUCACUGGGGUUGAGGAUAUUUAGAUGUUAGGAUGCCGGUUUUCCAUACCAAGACGAUAGAGAGUAUCCUGGAGCCAGUUGCUCAGCAGAUAUCCCACUUGGUUAUCAUGCACGAGGAGGGCGAAGUUGAUGGGAAAGCGAUCCCAGACCUCACGAGUCCUGUGGCGGCAGUGCAAGCGGCUGUCAGCAACCUCGUGCGGGUGGGAAAGGAGACUGUGCAAACUACAGAAGACAAGAUUAUGAAGAGAGACAUGCCCCCAGCCUUCAUUAAGGUGGAGAAUGCCUGUGCAAAGCUGGUGGAGGCAGCUCGAAUGCUGAGGACAGACCCAUAUUCUGUCCCCGCAAGAGAUUACCUCAUCGAUGGCUCCCGGGGCAUCCUCUCAGGCACAUCAGACCUGCUUCUUACCUUUGAUGAGGCAGAGGUGCGUAAAAUUAUUCGUGUUUGUAAGGGCAUCCUUGAGUACCUGACAGUGGCAGAAGUUGUGGAAACCAUGGAGGACUUGGUCACUUACACUAAAAACCUGGGACCAGGCAUGACAAAAAUGGCAAAGAUGAUUGACGAACGGCAACAGGAGUUGACACACCAGGAGCACCGUGUGAUGCUGGUCACCUCCAUGAACACAGUGAAGGAACUGCUGCCUGUGCUCAUAUCAGCCAUUAAAAUCUUUGUGACAACCAAGUGCACUAAAAGCCAUGGUGUGGAGGAGGCCCUGAAGAACAGAAACUACACAUUUGAGAAGAUGAGCUAUGAGAUCAACGAGAUUAUUAGAGUGUUGCAACUCACAUCCUGGGACGAGGAUGCCUGGGCCAACAAAGACACAGAGGCUAUGAAGAGAGCGCUAGCACUGAUUGAGUCAAAGAUGGGUCAAGCUAAAGGCUGGUUGAGGGACCCUAAUGGUCUACCAGGAGACCCAGGAGAGCAUGCAGUGCAUCAGAUCCUGGAUGAAGCAGGAAAAGUGGGAGAGCUUUGCGCAGGGAAAGAGAGGAGAGAAAUCCUGGGAACAGCCAAGACUCUGGGCCAGAUGACAGAUCAGGUGUCAGAUGUGCGUGCCAGAGGUCAGGGUGCCACCCCCAUGGGCAUGCAGAAAGCUCAGCAGGUGGCUCAGGGUCUGGAUAUUCUGGUGGGGAAAGUGGAGAAUGCUGCUCGGAAACUGGAGGCCCUAACCAGUGCCAAGCAGGCCAUCACCAAGAGAAUUGACACUGCCCAGAGCUGGCUGGCUGACCCUAACGGUGGCCCGGAGGGGGAGGAGAACAUUCGUGCUCUUCUGGCAGAGGCAAAGCGCAUCUCUGACUUGUGUGAAGAUCCUAAAGAACGAGACGAUAUUCUGCGCUCCAUCGGUGAAAUUGCAGGACUCACUGCAAGACUGGUUGAACUUCGUAAAAUGGGUAAAGGUGAUACUCCUGAGGCUAGAGCACUGGCCAAACAUAUUGGCACUGCUUUGCAGAACUUGCAGGCAAAGACUAACCGUGCCGUGGCCAACAUGAGACCCGCAAAGGCGGCUGUUACCCUAGAGGGUAAAAUGGAGCAGGCCUUGCGCUGGAUCAACAAUCCUGGUGUGGAUGAUCGUGGAGUAGGCCAGGCUGCUAUACGGGGGCUCAUAGCAGAGGGCCGUAGGCUGGCUAACUCUCUACCAGGGCCAUACAGACAGGAGCUGCUAGCAAAGUGUGAGCGAGUGGAGCAGCUGAUGAUGCAGUUGGCAGAUCUGGCAGCACGGGGAGAGGGAGAGAGUCCUCAGGCUCGCGCUGUGGCCGCUCAGCUUUUGGAGGGAAUUAAAGAUCUGAAGGCAAAGAUGCAGGAGGCAAUGACCCAGGAGGUGUCUGAUGUUUUCAGUGAUACAACCACACCAAUUAAGCUUCUGGCUGUGGCAGCAACAGCACCUCUUGAGGCCCCAAACAGAGAGGAGGUCUUUGUGGAAAGGGCAUCUAAUUUUGAGAAUCAUGCCAGCAGACUGGGUGCUACAGCAGACAAGGCUGCUGCUGUGGGAACAGCCAAUAAGAGCACAGUCGAAGGCAUUCAGGCGGCAGUGAAAUCAGCCCGGGAUCUCACACCUCAGGUCACUUCUGCGGCACGCAUUUUGUUGAAGAACCCUGGCAACCAGGCAGCAUACGAGCACUUUGAGACCAUGAAGAAUCAGUGGAUUGACAACAUUGAAAAAAUGACCAGUCUUGUGGAUGAAGCUAUUGACACUAAAUCCCUCUUGGAUGCAUCAGAGGAGGCCAUAAAGAAGGACAUUGAUAAGUGCCGGGUGGCAAUGGGUAACGUUCAGCCUCAGAUGUUGGUUGCGGGGGCCACUAGUAUAGCCCGGCGGGCUAACCGGGUCCUUCUGGUGGCCAAGCGGGAAGUUGAAAACUCUGAGGACCCUAAAUUCAGGGAACUGGUUAAAGCUGCUUCAGAAGAACUUGGUAGAACAAUCUCACCCAUGGUUAUGGCUGCUAAAGCCGUGGCAGGAAACAUCCAGAAUCCAGGUUUGCAAAAGAGCUUCCUGGACUCUAGCUACAGGAUCUUGGCUGCUGUGGGGAAAGUCAGAGAGGCCUUCCAGCCUCAGGAGCCUGACUUCCCACCUCCACCACCAGACCUUGAUCAGUUGCAUGUCACUGAUGAUCAGCCUCCUCCCAAACCACCCCUCCCUGAAGAGGUACCGCCCCCGAGACCUCCACCCCCAGAAGAGAAGGAUGAGGAGUUCCCUGAGCAGAAAGCCGGAGAGAUGGUGAGCGAGCCGAUGAUGGUGGCUGCCAGGCAACUACACGACGAGGCCCGCAAAUGGUCAAGCAAGCCUGUGACAGAUGAGGGUUUUGAAACCACUGAGGCUGACGUAGAUAUAGAGGAUGAGGAUGAAUUCACAGACAACGAGGAUGAUUAUGAGCCCGAGCUACUCUUAAUGUCCUCCAAUCAGCCAGUUAACCAGCCCAUUCUGGCCGCUGCGCAGUCUUUGCACCAGGAGGCUCGCAAAUGGUCGAGUAAGGGUAAUGACAUCAUUGGAGCAGCUAAGCGCAUGGCCCUUUUAAUGGCAGAGAUGUCUCGUCUGGUGCGUGGAGGCAGUGGGAAUAAACGUGCCCUUAUUCAGUGUGCCAAGGACAUCGCAAAGGCCUCAGAUGAGGUCACACGGCUGGCUAAGGAAGUAGCCAAGCAAUGUACCGACAAACGGAUCCGCACUAAUCUUCUGCAGGUUUGUGAGCGCAUCCCAACUAUCAGCACUCAGCUGAAGAUCCUGUCUACAGUUAAGGCCACUAUGCUGGGACGUACAAACAUAAGUGAGGAAGAAUCUGAGCAGGCUACUGAGAUGCUUGUGCACAAUGCACAGAACCUUAUGCAGUCUGUGAAGGAGACAGUGAGAGAAGCAGAAGCCGCCUCCAUUAAGAUCCGCACAGAUGCUGGGUUUACUCUACGCUGGGUCCGAAAGACCCCCUGGUACCAGUAAAUGAGGACUAGUUUUUUUUCUCAAUUUAAAAUCUGCACCCUUGCAUUUUCAAAUGUCUGAUAAGGGGUGGCAAGAAGAUUAAAGGACACCGUCUUAUCCUUGAACUUUUGGAUAUCAUUGUUCAUUUCUAGAUUAGUGGUGACCGGUAUGAAUUAUUUUCGUUUACAUACUGGUGUUGGUACUAAGUGUGCUGAUUACUUUGGAGGCUAUUUUUGUCCUGAAAGUUUGCUAUAGAUAAAUUUCUCACACUACAGUGGUAUAGUUUAGGAGUACACAGGAAGCAGAUUUUUUUAUAUAUAUUUUUGGUAUGUUGGGUUUCCAAAUUCCAGGUAUAUAUAUAUAUAUUUUUUUUUUGCAUGAAGAAUUUUUCUAUUUUGUAUUUGAGAAAUAUGGCAUAAAUGCCUCUGUCAAACAAUGUUGAUGAGUUGAAUGCGUUUAUGAUGACAUUUACUUUAAAUUUAGUUUUUGACAGAUACAUUUUCUUAUUGAAAAUGUAUAUAUUUAUAUCUUAAUUCACAGAUCAUGUUUUAGUCUCAAAUAUACUAUAAAUACAAUGACUUUUAGGUUUUAAUGGUAAAGUUAUAAUUCACUAUAAUUAACUUUUUCUUAUAGCUCAAAUUAAUAAUGAGCUUUGCUUAGCUAUUUAUUAAAUGGGAUGAUGCCUUUUGAUGGGUCAUGCAAUUACAGAGAUAUUACAGAGAAGUAUCUUGCAUGGCAUGGUUGAUACCAAAGAUUUUGUUUUUUUUUACAUUUAUGUGAACUUAGAAUUCAUUAGCUAUUAUAUAAACCAUACUUUACUGUAAAUCUAAAUAGACAUGUGAAAGCUUAGACAGUUAACUCUAAAAUACCAUUCUUUCUUUUAGUUAAACUUGUGGGAGAGUGGAUGUGACUUUGCAAUUUCUUAUAACCCUUCCAGAAGAGAAGCACAAUCUUCACAACAGUUGAACUGUUUUCUCUGGUUCCUGGCUAAAAUGAACAUUGAAGUCAGUCUUUUUUUCAGCUGAUACAAUUUAGAGCUGUAAUUUUGACAUUACUCUCUGUGUGUUUUUGUUUGUUAGUAUUUCAGUUUUAGUAUAUUGAUGAAGAAUCUGUAACUACUACACAAGACCCAGGUGGCUUGUUUAUAUGUGAUACCAUUGUUUGGAUACAAUUAAGGACUGAAAGGUAACUUUUUACCUUAGGUAGUAACAUGGAUUCAGAUGUAUGAAAUUUUUAGCACAAUGCUUAUCACCUUUAGCUGAAGAUGAACAAUGUUAAGCUGAACUCUGUACAGCUAACAAUUUAUCAGAAGAUGCACUGCCUUGCAUUCACUUAAAAUCUUUUUAUAAUAUAUACAUUGGGAUGCGUACCUUUUUCAGCCCCGAUAUAGUGCCUCAUUGUAAAAGUUUACAGGGCUGCAUUUUUAUGCAAAAUAGCAUGUUUUGGGUUAUGACGACGUUACAAAUUGUGAAAAUAUUGUUUUGUGAAUGUAUAUUUGACACCACUGUUUUUUGUCAAUGACACAGAAAGAACAACAUAUGUGCUUCAUAAUAAAACAGUUCUGUUAAAUUUGAUCUGAAAUCUUAUCUCGCCAAAUAAACCAGCUUAUCUGAAAGCUGCUGUCUCA